UCUGACCUUCUCGUCGAGCAAAUACACCAGUAUGUCUACAUUCGCUUUUCUCCUCCUCUGCGUCCAGGCUUGCUUGGUCCAGAAUGUUUACAGCCAGUGCCUUGGUACUUUGGGCUGGGAAGCUGGUAUUGCUGGACCCUACGGCUACGGUUUGAGAGAAGGCUGUGCUGGACCCUACGGCUCUGGUUUGAGAGACGGAAUCGUUGGAGACUACGGUCUCGGUAUUGGAACCGGCCUUGCUGGACCUUUCGGCAUCGGCUUGAGAGACGGUUUCAUCGGUGACGCUGCCUACGGAGGCUCUGGAGUCGGUGACGUGGCUGUUGCUGGUGAGAUGGGCGUUGCUGGUACCACCGUGGUCGCUGGUCAGGUGCCGAUCCUCGGUGCCGUAGGAUUCGAAGGCAUCGUUCCCGCCGCCGGAGCUGUGACCAUCGCUGGCAGCUGCGGUUGCGGUUGCGGCGCUUACCGUUACUGAAUAUAAACUCUAACACUGGCAAUUCAAAAAUAAAACGAUCAAGUCGAUA